UCAAUAUUAGUUGCUGUUCAAUAAAAAUUUAUUGCUCAGCUGUAUAACAAGGACAAGAGCAUAUUAAAAGCUGUGGAAAGCAGCGCCAGCGUCAGUAACACACGUGAGGUUUAAGUGUCGGUCAAAAAAAUGUCUAGAAGAGCGAAGCGUCUGUCGUCCACGGAGGUGCUGCUCAUUACGCUGCUGGUUCUGCUGUUUGUGGCUUGUGUGGGACUCAGUGUCGUCACAUGGCUCGCUCUAGACAACAAAGCUGCGGAUGAUGGAGGAGAUCAGAGCGGCUCGGAGUUCACCGGGAGGCUCGUCAUCUCUAACGGAACCGUUUUCACAGAGGAGCUGCUGAACACAAACAGCGCACAGUUUAAGGCUCUGGCGUACGACACUGAGCAGAAGAUCAAUGACGCCUACAGUCGUAGUUCCCUUAAAGAGCAGUUCAGAAGCUCCAAGGUCAAUGAAUUCAGUGAAGGCAGCGUGGUUGUGUUCUUUGACGUCUUCCUCCUUGGCGUUGUGGAUUCGCAGACGGUUCAGGAGCAGUUAGUGAGUGGUUUACAGCAGGCUGGCGAUGCAGACGAUGGACUCGUAAUCGACAUCGACAGUGUGCGGGUCUCAGAUAAACCAGCUACAACCCAGAGAGCAUUUACAACACAAGCAGUCACUGCAGUGAAUUGUCCAGAAGGACAGAAGGCGUGUGCUGAUGGAUCAGCAUGUAUUCCUCAAUCCGACUUCUGUGACGGAGUACAAAACUGUGCCGACGGCACCGAUGAGGAUCACACCGUCUGUGCAACAGCGUGUGACGGUCAGUUUCUUCUGCUUGGUCCGACCGGAUCCUUCCACUCGAAAAACUUUCCCGAGGUCUAUGACAGUCCCACGUCCUGCCGCUGGAUCGUACGAGUGACCGAGGGCUCGGCCAUCAAAAUAGUCUUUCACACGUUCCAGACGGAGCAAGACAUCGACAUUCUGGAGCUGUAUGAGGGCACCGGCCCUACGAAAACACUCACAUACUCUCUCUCUGGCAAAUCACCCGGAGACAUAUGGCUCUUAUCUCAUGAAGCCACCGUUGAAUUUUUCGCAGACUACAGCAGCAGCCUUCAAGGAUUCAACGCUACUUACUCAGCAGAGAACGUCAAAGAUCUCUCUAAUGAAGAGAAGAUCAGCUGUUCAUUUGAAGAGAACUUCUGUCUCUGGAGGCAAGACGUCGAUGACGACGGCGACUGGUUACGAGCGCAAGGCGACGUUCUCCCACCCGAAACCGGCCCAAGCUUCGACCACACUGUCGGAAAUCAGUCAGGGUACUACAUUACGACCCCUCGGGCCCCUGGAAGUUUGGAUAAAAAAUUCCGUAUAUCCAGUCUUCCUCUGACUCCUGCGAAGGAAUCAGUGUGUCUGCAAUUCUGGUAUCAUAUGUUUGGAGAGGAGGUUUGGCGUCUGAUGGUCACGAUACAGGAAGGCUCAUCCGUCAUCGUCCUCUUCCAGAAAGAAGGGAACUAUGGUAACAACUGGAACUACGGUCAAGCUACACUAAACAUCACCGCUGAUGCUGUGGUGGUGUUUGAAGCACAGAAGAAGGCAGGAUUUCUAAAUGACAUCGCUCUGGAUGACGUCAGCAUAGUGUCUGGUUCUUGCGGACCGGCCCCUCCGGAGCCAACCCCGGUCCCUCCUCCCACCACUCCUCCUCCCAUACCAGAGGACUGUGGGGGGCCGUUUGACCUGUAUGAAUCCAACUCAACAUUCAGCUCUCCGAACUACCCCAACGGCUACGGACACAAAGCUUCAUGUAUGUGGACUUUACAUGCUAAGGAAGGACAAAAUAUCCAAUUGCAUUUUCAAGACGUUGCAUUAGAGAUGGAUUAUGACGUUUUGGAAAUUCGAGAUGGAGUGACGCCUUCUUCAGAUUUGCUAGGUGUCCUAACUGGGGAUCGCUCUUUCCCGGACCUUUUUUCCACAAGCUCUCAGAUGACGGUCAUGCUUUUCACGGACGCGUCGAGCAACGACAGAGGCUUUCUAGCCAACUUCAGCACCGGCGUUAACCUCGGUCAACCAGAUCCGUGUCCCAGCGGGCAGUUUCAGUGCGGCACAGGAGCGUGUUUGUCCAAUUCGAGUGUGUGUGACGGGACAGAACACUGCCCUGACGGCUCUGAUGAAGCUGACUGUGUGCAUAUAAUCAAAGACGACGUCACUGGAACUCAACGACUGAGACUUCAAGUCCAGAGUCACGUUUACACGGCGUGCGCUCAAGACUGGAGCGCUCAGUUCUCAGACUUCUUCUGCCGCUACCUGGGCUACAGGUCAGGAAAUGCUUCAUUCUCCAGCGUUAUGGAUGGAGACGCUCCCUUUACUACUGUAAGUGUGAAUGCUAACGGCUCACUGGAACUGAACCCCAGUGACGCGUGCCUCGGCGAGAAGAUCGUGUCGCUGCACUGUAACAAUCAGCCGUGUGGUGCUCGUAAAGUACCCUUGAAACGUGAGAGUAACGCGGAAACGGAUGGAAAUAAAGCGGGCAGAGUGGUGGGCGGACAGGAUGCCCAGAAAGGGGCGUGGCCAUGGAUAGCGUCUCUGCGCUGGUUGGGCCGUCACGCGUGCGGAGCCGCUCUGAUUGACAGGGAAUGGCUGAUUACAGCCGCACACUGCGUUUACGGAAAGAACGUGCACCUGUCAAACUGGGCUGUGGUGUUGGGGCUUCACUCUCAGUACGAGACGGAUAACACAAACAAACAAGUGCACUCGAUAGAUCAGGUGAUCAUGCACAAGCGCUAUAACAGGAGAACAAAGGAGUCGGACUUUGCUUUAAUGCAUCUACAGACGCCUGCCAACUACACAGAUUAUGUUCAGCCCAUCUGCCUGCCGGACGCCGGAGCUCCGAUUGAAGAAGGGAGAAAGUGUUUUAUUGCUGGUUGGGGACUGACGGCUGAAGACGGCACCACAGCCGACGUGUUACAGGAAGCGGUUGUGCCGCUUUUAAGCAACAAACAGUGUCAGGAAUGGCUGCCGGAGUACAACUUCACAGAGCGAAUGCUGUGUGCCGGCUACGCUGAAGGAGGAGUGGACACCUGUAAGGGUGAUUCUGGUGGUCCGCUGAUGUGUGAGGAGGCCGGUGGUUGGGUUCUUGUCGGCGUCACGUCGUUCGGCGUCGGUUGUGGUCGACCGCAGCGUCCGGGAGCGUACGCCCGCGUCAGUCAGUUCAUUGAGUGGGUGUCAGAGAAGCGGCGCCUCUAUUCUGACUGGACAGGCGUCUAAUCAUUUACCAUGCAGAUACGUCUGAAAUCAAUUCAUCUCUGUAUUUCCAUUGGCUUCUGGACAUCGUGAUUGCUCAAAAAUAUUCUGUGCACUUUACUGUCAUUACGAAAAAAUGUCAUUGUGAAUGAUGGAGGAAAAUGUUUUUUGUUAGUAACCAGUUAGUAAUAUUUAUCCUGCCAAAAUAUGAUAUUGUAAAUAAUUCAGAAAUGCUAAUUUUGCUACAGAUGUUUUACUGUGUAUCAUAAAUAAA